AUGGCGGGGCAGACAAUAAACGAUAGGCUUUUAGCCGCUCGUCACAGUAUUGCUGGCCAGGGCUUAGCCAAAUCCGUAUGUAAAGCCACUACUGAAGAAAUGAUUGCUCCAAAAAAGAAACAUUUAGAUUAUCUAGUACACUGCACCAACGAGCCUAACGUGUCGAUACCACAGCUUGCGAAUCUGCUGGUUGAGAGGACGCAGAACACCAACUGGGUGGUUGUCUAUAAGGCUCUCAUAACUGUGCAUCAUCUACUGGCAUAUGGAAAUGAGAGGUUCACACAAUACUUGGCGUCAAGUAAUUCGACGUUUCAACUAAGUAAUUUUCUAGACAAAAGCGGGGUGCAAGGCGCCGCCGGUGCGAGGAUCGGCUAUGAUAUGUCUCCGUUCAUCCGCCGGUACGCCAGGUACCUCAACGAGAAGGCACUCUCCUACAGGACUGUCGCCUUCGACUUCUGUAAGGUCAAGAGAGGGAAGGAAGAAGGUUCCCUCCGCAUGAUGAAUGCUGAGGAGUUGCUCAAAACCUUGCCUGUGCUGCAGGCGCAGUUAGAUGCGCUGUUAGAGUUCGACUGCACAGCCAACGACCUCACCAACGGAGUCAUCAAUAUGUGCUUUAUGUUGCUCUUCAGAGAUCUCAUUAGAUUAUUCGCGUGCUACAACGAUGGUAUAAUCAACCUGCUGGAGAAAUACUUCGAUAUGAACAAGAAGAAUUGUCGCGAUGCCCUCGAUCUUUACAAGAAGUUCCUCAUUAGAAUGGAUCGAGUUGGAGAAUUUUUGAAGGUGGCAGAAAACGUGGGUAUAGACAAGGGUGACAUACCAGACCUGACCCGAGCACCAAGUAGCUUACUCGAUGCCCUGGAAGGCCAUUUGGCAACACUGGAAGGCAAACGUGGUUCAGCAGCCAACACACCCACACAAACAGCCAGUGCCCAAAAGAACGUGGCCAACGUAAUGGGCGCCCUGUCCUCCACAUCAUCGUCGUUUGGCAACGCGGCUGCUUCCAGUCGUAUAGACUCGCAAGCGAACGGGUCUCUCUUUAUCGACGACUCGCUGCGACAACAGGCGUUGGCUGAGGAAGAAGCUGCUAUGAACCAGUAUAAGGUCCAUUUGUUUCAAGGCGAGGAGAUGACUGGGGAAGAAGACGUUACUCAAAUCUCGCAACUAUUUAACAAAGUCCAAUCUCCAACAAACUCCGCGAACAACCCGUUCCUGUCAUCUCAGCCACAGUCUCAGUCACAGAACAUAGUGGAUCUAUUUGGCCCGACGCCGGCUGAUACUAACAAUUCCACCUCCAAGGCAUCAGACGACCUUUUGUCGCUCGGUAACCCCUUCGCCGAUAUGUUUGGAGCGGCCCAACCGCAACCACAACAGCAACAGCAGCCGCUCUGGCAGCAGAGCAACGGUUUCUCGGCCUUCCCCGCGGGAGGCCCGCCUGCCCCCGGCGCACCCAACGCCUCCGCUGGAAACACGUUUGUCUCGGAGGCUAGCUUCACUAACGUAUUCAGUAACACUGACACCACAGGUCAACAACAACAGCCACAACCAAACAAGGUGCUUACGGGCGAUCUAGAUUCGUCUCUUGCGCAGCUCGCUAACAACCUAAGCAUCAAUAAAACUGCUACAGCGCAGAAACCGAUGCAGUGGAGUUCGCCGAAGAAUGCGUCAAAACCGGGGGGUGGAUGGAGCCCACAGCCAAUGCAGGCAACCACGGGUGCCAACUAUAGACCAAUGGGCCCAGGCAUGAACGUACAGCCAAUGCCCCAUACGUUACCCCACAUGUUCCACCCUCCACAUUAUGUUAUGCAACAACCGGGCGUGGUAAUGGGCAUGGGCGCUUCACCAAUGAUGACGAUGCCAGGCAUGACGCCCAUGCGCCCGCCGAUACCGCCGCAACCGACAAACCACUUCACUUAA